AUGAACAAUGGUAUAAUAAAGGAGCUUCCUCCUAGGUUCCGACGCAUAUAUGUUAGCUUCCAUGCAUGUAAAGUUGGGUUUAUCGCAAGUUGUCGGCCUAUCAUUGUUCUUGAUAGAUGCUUCUUGAAAUCUCACUUUGGAGGCCAUUUACUAAGUGCAAUUGGAAGGGACGGAGAUGAUGGCAUGUUUCCUAUUGCAAUGGCUAUUGUUGAGGCAGAAAACAGAGAAAGUUGGACAUGGUUUAUGUUCCAGCUUCUUAAUGACAUGUGUGGGGUAGAUCCUACCAACAUAGUAUUUAUUUCAGACAUGCAAAAGGGAUUGGUCCAAACCUUUGAAGAUUUAUUACCAUACACAGAACAUAGAUUUUGUUUGAAGCAUUUGAAUGAAAAUUUCAAGAAGCAUUGGAAAGGGAAGCAUUACCAGGAUAUGCUUUGGCAAGCAGCACAUGCAACUACCGUUUGUCAAUUUGAAAAGGUUAUGAAAAAGUUAGAAAAAACUGAAGAUGGAAAAGCUUAUCAAUAUUUAAAACGCCUCAAGCCUAGUUCUUGGACUAAAUCGCAUUUUAGUUUCAAAGCUAAGACUGAUGUGUUAGUGAACAAUAUCAGUGAAUGCUUCAAUGCCUAUAUACUACAAGAGAGGGAGCUUCCAAUAAUCUCAUUGAUUGAAGGCAUACAGACAAAAUUGAUGAAGCGAUUAUAUAUGAAGAAAACUGGUAUGGAAGCAUAUGCUGAUAAAAUAACUCCAAACAUAAAAAAACGCUUAGAGAGGAUAAAGGCCAAUUCAAGAGACUGUGUCCCAACACCAGCAGGUAGCAAAAAGUUUGAAGUAAAGUGUAAGGGGAAGAAUGUCACGGUUGAGUUGGAGGCGAGGAGUUUCUCAUGCAGAUUAUGGGGUUAA